AUGGGUCCCGGUCGUGAGGGUGAGGCGGAGGAGGCCAACAACAUGUCGUACCCUUCACCGGGUGCCGAGGGCCUUGAUGCAGGCCCAUUCUAUCACACAGCCACUCGCGAUGAGACUCAUGAGCAUGAGGAGCACCAGCAGACCCAUGACCAGCAUGAUCCUACCCAGGUUCACACACAAGAGCAAGAUCAUGGCCAGAUUCCCACGCACGAGCCGGCGUCUCCCCAACAUCACAUCCAACGGCCGCCCAACCUGGAAGAACUUCAGCUGGCCGCCCAGCUUGGACAAGGCUUAGCAGGAACCUCUCUCAUCCCAACCACUGAUCCUAGUAUGAACGUGGAAGAUCCGGGCAUGCGUAACAUUAUGCCACAUCCCGAGCCAGACCAGCACCAGACACCAUCGUAUGUUCACGAGGCACCGGCAUCAGAUCAUAUGGUGCCGCAUGCGCUCCCAGUUGCCGUGGGACCUCCGCUACCACCGUAUGCUAUGGGAGGAGACGGCAUCCCACCGAGAAAGCGAUCAAAGGUGUCACGUGCUUGUGAUGAGUGCCGGCGAAAGAAGAUCAAAUGCGAUGCUCAAUCAGAUACCGGUGAUAGCCCCUGUUCCAGUUGUGCUCGGUCAUCUAUGCGAUGUCUGUUCAGCCGUGUUCCCCAAAAGCGCGGUCCAUCUAAGGGGUAUAUCAAAGAGCUAGCAGACAGGAUACAUAGCAUCGAGAACAAGCUGGAGUCUGAAGCCCCUCCCGAGGACCCAAAUCGGAAGAGACCGUUUUCCAGCAUAUCAGCAACCGACUUCAACGCAACAGCUCCUCCUCGACAGGCACCAUGGGGACCAGAGUCGCGACCAAUAAUACCAUCCGCUACACCUUCGGACGGCUUUGCACCCCCAACGUUUGCUAAUAAUUCGCUGGCGCCUCCAUCUGCGGCAAUCAAGACGGACAGCGCGCCACCAAAGCCACCUGUGGCAGCAAUGGACUCUCAGGUUGUGGAAGCAGAGGAGGUACCUGAGAUUGACGAAGAUUCUUUACAUGACUAUCUUGCCCAUGUUCAAGCCAUAUAUCCCAUACUUCCCAGCAGCAAGGCAAGGAUUCAGUCUUUGCUGUCUCAAUGCCCGUCCACCGUGAGGACGGCAUUUAUCACAGCUCUUCAAGCAGUCGGGCAAUCAUCAGGAGACACACAAACUGCGAGUUCCCUUUUGCACGAGUGGGAGAGCAGCGAGGCGCCACACUCGCGUGCCACCGACAUUGUGCAUGCUCAGACGCUUCUUCUCCUGAUAAUCGACGCAGACUGGCGCGCCUCAUCUCAGCUGCCGUUUCUCCUGGCCAGAGCAGUGGCACUUGCGAAUACGAUGAAGCUGUGGAAGUUUACACCGAUUGAGUCUGCCUCGGAAUCAGACUCUGACGAUCAGCUGUGCGUGCGGAUCUGGUGGUCCCUUGUACUGAUGGAUCGCUGGCACGCGGCUGGAACAGGAAAACCAGCGCAGAUCCCAGACAGCAGCGUUGUUGCGCCCGCUGGACUGGAGAACACCCUGGGCGAGGUGUGCUACUAUUUAAAUCGGUUAUCGAAGCUGCUAAAUAGGACUGCAUUUGUGAUUUCCACGAUGCAGCCGGGCACAUCUACCGCCGAACCCGCCAUGGCGGCCAUUCUUGCGGACUACAUUGAGAACUACCGUGAAGAUCUUCCAGGCCACAUUGAGGCUGCGUCGUACCCAUUGGUGCAUCUUGCAUACUGGCACUGCAAGCUAUUGGUGACAUUAUUAACACCAGGGGCCACGCCAACUGAGACGCUGUGGCCGACGUCUGAGCUGGCUACCUUGCUGCUAGCAAAUGCGCACCUGAGGAGCCCCUUUACCAACCAUUUCGUUUCUCUAGUCACCAUGUCACUGUCCAAACUGUCCAAGAUGGACAGCUCCCGCGAAGGCGCUGUGCGGCUAAUGAAGGAGAUACUGGAGAAGCCUAGCGGAGGGCACUGGGACAGUGUUAGGGAGAAGCUAACCGAGCAGCUGCGGCCGACAUCGUCGGUGGAGGCUACUGCAAGCCAAGGCCUGCAGCAUCUGGCGGAUUUGGCGACGGCCCAUGAGGGCAUUGCGCCUGGCCCUGAUGACAUUACGUUUGGUCCCACGCUCGCGUCGGGCUAUCUGGACGUUGCUUAG